UUAGCGAUCGACUCUCUGUAAAACCGAGCCCCAAGUGGUUAAAUUAAUUUCACGAACCGUUGAGCAUUUGAUUGACGGGUACAGCAAAACAGAAGUGCCUCGCGAUGACAGGGGUGGCGCUACGGUUUAGUGCGAAUUUGAAUUUUAUGUUUCUCGAAGCUGGUAGCUUUCUGGACCGAUACCGUGCCGCAAAACGGGCCGGUUUCGAUGGCGUCGAGGGACCGUUUCCACCCGCGGAAAUUAGCGUGGAUGAGUUGGUGGCGGUGCAGAAAGAAACUGGAUUGAAACAGAUUCUUAUGAAUAUAGCCUUGGGGGAUGUACCAGGCGGUCAGCUCGGUUGUGCUGCCCUGCCGGGAUGGGAGUCGGAGUUCCUGGUAAAUCUGAACCGUACGAUUGAGUACGCCAAGGCUGUAGGGUGUAGGAAAAUACACAUAAUGGCGGGAAAAUUGGAUGGACCUGGGACAGAAGUACACGAUCGGACGUAUCUUGCCAAUCUUCGUGUCGCAGCACCGAUCCUUGAGCGCAACAACAUUAUCGGUGUGAUUGAACCCAUUAACAAACAUUCUGUACCUGGGUAUUAUCUGGCAUGUUACGAUAAGGCCACCAAGAUGAUUACUUCCGUCGGUAGUGCCAACGUGAAACUGAUGUUGGACAUCUUUCAUGCGCAGCAUAUACGAGGCGACAUCACCAACAGCAUCCGUGCCCUAACGUCUUACAUCGGCCACGUGCAGCUGGCCCAGGUACCGGGCCGCAACGAACCAGACACCGACGGGGAGCUUAACUUCCGCUACAUUCUGCACGUGCUGGCCACCGAGGGCCGGUAUGCGGACGGUUGGGUUGGGUGCGAAUAUCGUCCACUUACCGACACCGCGAGCGGCCUCAACUGGUUGCGUGACUUCGGCUACUGGCAGUGACAUUGCUGAUGAUGGUCCGGUUUGACGAAACGUCUCCGGGAAGGGUCAUGGGAUGUCAACAUUAUGCAUAAGCAAUGUGAUCAAAUAGACGGGACCGUGCACU